AUGCCCCGAGCAGUGCGCCAACGACCCGGAUUGGAAGAGUCAAGUGCGCCGGAUGACCUCUCUUCACGUCGAGCCAACGAAGAUGAAGAAAGGAAGUCGGAGGAACAACAUGACACACCGACUUCCUCCGCGUUUUGGCAUGCGAGUGCAAACGCCGUCGAAGCAGCGGUCGAUUUUUCGGAGCCGUCGACAUUUGAAGAAGCAGUGUCUGGCCCGGACCAAGUACACUGGCGCAAGGCAAUUGAUGCGGAGCUCGAUUCGAUGAAGCUUCGCGGUGUCUUUCGUGCGGCCAAGUUACCCAACGGACAAAGCGCCAUCGGCACAAAGUGGGUCUUCAAGAUCAAGCGCAAGGCGGAUGGGUUGAUCGAGAAAUACAAGGCACGACUUGUGGCCAAGGGUUUUCGCCAAAAGUAUGGCAUCGACUACACGGAGACGUUCUCGCCCGUGGUCAAGUAUGUGACGCUGCGAAUGGUCAUCGCCAUUACCAAGCACUUUGGAUGGCCCCUCGACCAGCUCGAUGUGGUGACUGCGUUCCUGUAUGGAGUGAUGAAGGAGAAGGUGUUCUGCGCUGUUCCGGAAGGCGUCAAGAUGGAAGGUGAUUUCGACUGUCUCGAGCUGAUCAAGGCGAUCUACGGUCUCAAGCAAGCCUCGCGUGUUUGGAACGAGACCUUCGACGAGUUCAUACGCUCGAUUGGUUUUCAAGCGUCGGGAUUCGAUCCAUGUCUCUACAUCAUGACUUCGGAAGGCCAUUGUGUUUUUGUGCUGGUCUACGUGGACGAUGUCUUGGUGACUGGAAGCUCGCUCGAGAUGAUUGCGCGCACCAAGAACGACCUCAAGACACGCUUCGAGAUGACGGACAGCGGCAAGUGUACCUUUGUUCUUGGGAUCGAGUUAUUGGACGGUGAAGAUGGCAGCGUGACUAUGUGUCAGCGCCGUUAUGUCAAUGAUGUCCUCAAGCGCUUUGGAAUGGAUGAGUGCAAGGCUGUGGCAAGUCCGGUGGACGUCAGCUCUCGACUGGUUCCGAGCAACUCUGCAAGCAAGGUGGAUGUCCCAUUCCGUGAAGCAGUGGGUGCUUUGAUGUAUCUGACGACUGCAACGCGACCGGACAUCGCCUAUGCUGUAAGCUUUGUGUCACGGUUCAUGGAGAAACCCCAAGAAGAACACUGGGUUGCAGUCAAGCGCAUCUUCCGCUACCUACAAGGCACCAAGAUGCAUGGAGUCUGCUACAAGCCAAGUGCGAAGAUCGACUUUCGUGGCUAUUCAGAUGCAGACUGGGCCGGUGACCUUGCUGAUCGCAAAUCGACGUCCGGCUACGUCUUCAUGCUAUUGGGUGCUCCGGUGAGUUGGGGCAGCAAGAAACAGCCAAGUGUGUCACUGUCUACAAGCGAAGCGGAGUACAUCGCGCUCAGCCUGGCGAUCCAAGAAGGCAAGUGGAUCAAUCGCUUGCUGUGCGAGAUCAUGGCGGCUGCAAACGAAGAAGGACCCGAGCUCGUCAUCCGUGAAGACAACCAGUCGUGCAUCAAGAUGACGAAGAAUCCGGUCAACCACGGCCGCGCUAAACACAUCGACAUCAAGUACCGUUACAUCCGUGAUGAAGUCAAGCGCGGCGAAGUGAAGCUUGAAUACUGCGAGACGACGUUGAUGUUGGCGGACAUCAUGACGAAAGGACUUCACGGACCGCGUCACAAGGACUUGACGCGGCGCUUGGCAUCCGUGCGUGUUCGGAUUGAGGGGGCGUAUUGA